UGAAAUAUGUACUGAUCGAUAAUCUUAUAACUGAUAACAAAAUUUUACUCCAUCUUUCUCUUUUUCUCCCCUAGAAAACUCUUCGAAAAUGAGUGAAACUGUGAAAUUGGACGUUGGUGGAACUAUAUUCAAAACUUCAAGAUCUACAUUAACAAAGUUCAAUGGAUUUUUCAAAACUAUGUUGGAGAGUGACAUUGGGCUAAAAAUUGACGAAUCUGGGAGUAUUUUUAUUGAUCGGUCUCCGAAAAAUUUCGACUUGAUACUGAACUUUAUGCGAGACGGCGACGUGGUUCUACCCAAUUGUGAAUUGAAACUGAAGGAGCUGCUAGUAGAAGCUCAAUUCUAUUUGCUCGACGGACUCAUUGAGUUGUGCAAUUCAAAGAUUGAGCUUGUUGAAGCUCCAAAGAUAAAACUUCGAUUUAUUGAAAGCGAUGAACAAUUUCUUCAAAUUCUUGCUGUUCAACAGAAGCCAAUGCUCAUAAUUGAAUUUUGCAUGGUUGGGAAUGAUAUGUCGAUUCCCUAUAACUUUAAUCUUUACGAGUUCAUGGAAAAGUAUUCACAUCAGUUCGAUAUUUAUUUUCAGCGAUUGAGUGAAGACGAACCUUCUCGCAAAUGGAAAGCAAGGAUAAAAUGGAAACCUACUGAGAAUGGAUAUUACAGUCAAUUUCCACACAAUCUUCGAAUUAAUCGAGGUGGACGGAUAAUACGGGAUGCAACAUUUUUGGAACGAUUGGAAAAAAUGAUCGGGGAGUUUGAUGAGUAUUUGAAGAAGCAGAGGAAUAGAUAAUUAACUUAUUUUAUGGAUUUUUCGACAAUAUUUCUAAUUUAGAAGCUUAAAAAAUUAUAAUUUAGUAAGCUUGUUUUUUUAUCUUUAAACACAAAACACAUGGAUAAGUUCAAAGUCUGAUUGAUAACAAACAUUCUUAUUUUUAUUUUUUGAGUUUGGUUGCAUCUGUGCCUCAAACCGUAACUAUUUUAAAAUAUGAACAAGGUUGUUAA